UUCCUGUUGGAGUGUAAAUGGGGACAUGACAUAGACGUGUGUGGCAUAAAAUUUCAAGUAUUUCUCUGGGGUGUGUUUGAUUUCCACUGGGACUGAAAGAACAUUGGAUUUUAAAUAUUGACGCCUUGACCCGGCGGGGUGGCUGACUGCUAUGGAAGCGGUACCUCGAAUGCCGAUGAUAUGGCUAGAUUUGAAAGAAGCAGGGGAGUUCCAGUUUAGCACGUCUGUGAAGCAGUUCAUUUUGAAGAACUAUGGAGAAGAUCCGGAUAGUUAUAAUGAGCAGCUGAAGAAACUGGAGCAACUUCGGCAGAGUGCUGUAAACGUGACCCGAGACUUUGAGGGAUGCAGCACACUGCGGAAGUACUUUGGGCAGCUUCACUACUUGCAAAGUCGUGUGCCCAUGGGGCCAGGGCAGGAGGCCGCUGUGCCCAUCUCCUGGACUGAGAUUUUCUCUGGGAAGACGGUCAGCCAUGAUGACAUUAGCUAUGAGCAAGCCUGCAUCCUCUAUAACUUGGGAGCGCUGCACUCCAUGUUGGGAGCCAUGGACAACAGGGUGUCUGAGGAGGGAAUGAAGGUGUCUUGCACGCACUUCCAGUGUUCUGCUGGGGCCUUCUCCUACCUCAGGGAUCACUUCAGCCACAACUUCAGUGUGGAUAUGAGCCACCAGAUCCUCAAUCUCAACAUCAAUCUCAUGCUGGGUCAGGCCCAGGAAUGCCUUCUAGAGAAAUCAAUGCUGGAUAACAGGAAAAGUUUCCUUGUGGCUCGAAUCAGUGCCCAGGUAGUGGACUAUUACAAGGAGGCAUGCCGGGCAUUGGAGAACUCUGAAACAGCGUCCAUGUUGGGAAAGAUCCAGAAAGACUGGAAGAAGUUGGUGCAGAUGAAGAUCUACUACUUUGCUGCUAUCGCUCAUCUGCAUAUGGGAAAGCAGGCUGAGGAGCAGCAGAAGUUUGGAGAGCGGUUGGCUUAUUUGCAGAGCUCUAUAGAUAAGCUCAGUGAAGCUUUGAAGUUGGCUAAGGGUCAGCCAGACAGUGUACAGGAAGCUCUGAAGUUCACUAUGGAUGUAAUUGGCGGAAAGUUUAAUUCUGCAAAGAAGGACAAUGAUUUUGUUUACCAUGAGACUGUCCCAUCUUUGGAAACACUACCAUCAGUAAAGGGUGCCCCACUGGUCAAAGCCCUGCCUGUGAAUCCAACCGACCCCACGGUCACUGGUCCCGACAUCUUCUCUAAACUGGUGCCAAUGGCUGCCCACGAGGCCUCCUCUCUCUACAGUGAGGAGAAGGCCAAGCUGCUGCGGGAGCUCGUGGCCAAGAUUGACGGCAAGAAUGAGACACUAGAGCAGUUUAUGGACUCUGUGAGCCUGGACCCAGACUCCGUAGAUAACAUGGACAUGUACAACACCAUCCCUCCUGUGCUCAUGGAGAAAUGUGCUGCUCUCAGUGUCAGACCAGACACGGUGAAGAGCCUCAUUCAGUCCAUGCAGGCCCUGUCGGGCGUGUUCACAGACGUGGAGGCGUCGCUGCGGGAGAUCCGGGACGUGCUGGAGAAGGACGAGGCCGAGGAGCGGAGCCUGCAGGAGGCGGCGGGGAAGCAGGCGGUGCCCCCUCAGCCCGCCGGCCUGGCCGAGCUGCGGCGCGACCUGGAGAAGUACCUGGAGUACCACGAGAAGGCCAGCUUCACCAACACCGAGCUGCACCGCGCCAUGAACCUGCACAUCAGCCACCUCAGGCUGCUGGGGGGACCACUGGACAGCCUGAGAGAGGCGCUGCCCCGGCCAGAGCUCAGCGAAGAGGAUGCAGCGGGUCUCCAGUGCAUCAAGAGGAUUCUGGGUAAAGUGCAGGAGAUGCGAGACCAGCGCGUUUCCCUGGAGAAACAACUGCGAGACCUUAUCCAGCAGGACGACAUCACCACUGCGCUGGUCACCACAGAGCGUGCGGAGAUGAAGAGGUUGUUUGAGGAGCAGCUGAAGAAGUAUGACCAGGUGAAGUUGUACAUAGACCAGAACCUCGCUGCUCAAGAGAAUAUCCUGAAGGCCCUGACCGAGGCCAACGUCCAGUCGGCCAAUGCCCGGAAGGCCCUCGCCGACACUGAACACAAGUGGAACAGCACCGUGCAGACACUGGUGGCAUCGUAUGAGGCUUAUGAGGACCUGAUGAAGAAGUCCCAGGAGGGGAAGGAGUUUUAUGAGGACCUGGAGGGGAAGGCCACCAAACUGCUGGAGAAAGCCAAGGCUGUGUGCCAAGCCAGGGAGGAGGAAAGGCAAGCUAUUCUGGAGAGAGAGCUCCAGAAGAAGGCCCCACAAAGACCCACCGCUCCAAAGCCUGCACCAAAGAAGGCCGCAGACAUCGACCCCAAUAGCAUUGAGGACCCUGAGCUGGCAGAGCUGACGGCCGCCAUUCUGGCCCUGGGAGGAGAUCUUCCGGAGGAGCUACGGAGUAUGCCGCCCGAGUUCGCCCUGCCCCCCUCGGCGCACGCUCCUGUCCCAGGCGUGGCCCCCAGCUCCUCCGUGCAGUGGCCUCCCACUGCCCCAUCGGGGCUGUACGCACCCAUGCGCUUCCCCCACAAUCUGCCCCCUCCUGAGCUCCUGGCUCGCAUCUCUCGCCUCCCCACCCCAGGUUACCCCCAGAGUCUGCCUCCAGGUCGCCAUCCCCACCAGCUUCCCCAGUACUCCAUGCCACAGGCGCCAGCCUCUCAGCCCCCAGCUGUCUCUGCCUACGCUCCCCAACACUCACAGGCCCACAUGGGCCCACCUGUAGCCCCAGGCCCUGCCACAGCUCAGGCUCCAGUCAGGCCAUCCACCACUACCGUGGACAGCAUCCAGACUCCCAUUCCAAGCUACGCACCUACCCCGGGUCAGCCGAUGCCACAGGCACCAGGUCCACACCAGCCAGUGCCGGUGUCUGUCGGGUACACACCGGGCCCACAGAUGGGCUCCUACCAUCAGUAUAUGCAGCAGCAGCAGCCGGGAGUUCCCCAGGGAAUGCCUCCUCAGCAGCAGCAGCAGCAGCAGCAGCAGCAGCAGCAGCACUUUCCCCAGGCCCCUUCAUCUAUACCUGGCCAUCAGCCACCCCACUACCAGCCAGUCCCUGCACAGCAGCCAGUGUCCCGGCCAAUGCCAGGGCCCCAGGUGCCAAUGCAACCUCAAGGCCAGUACCACCAGUACAUGCCCCAGCAAAGGCAGCCUGGGCCUCCGAACUUCCCUCAGGCUUAUCUCCCUGGGCAGGUCCCACCUGGGAUGCCGACGGGGGCACCUUCUCCACAGUCCCACCCCCACCAUGGUCAGCCCCAGCUCCAGCAGGGGUAUCCCCCUGUGUCCAUGGUCCCCGGGUCCCAUCCAACACAGGUGCCUGUUAGUGCUGUCGCACAGAAUCAGAUGCCCCCACACGGUCCCCAUCCACAGGUGCCUCCCACUUCACAGCCAAUGCCUCCGGCCUCCAUGCCAUACUUACCCCAUGUGAGGCAGCAAAUGCCCCCAGCAUCCCAGCCAUAUAUGCCCACAGUCAACCCCCAAAUGCAGCACUCUCAGCACCCUCAAAUGCCCCUGCCCUCUCAACAAAUGCCCUUGGGGCCUCAUAUGCAGAUGCCACCAGGGUCCCAGUCAAGAAUGGCACCCCCUAACGCUCAGUUGCCACCAACUUCUCAACCCAUGCCCCCUGUAUCUCAUUCCCAAAUGCCGCCUGUGUCAAAGCAGUUGUCGCCUCCAUCUCACCCGCAAAUGCCGCCAGGCCCCCAGCAGCCCCCCCACCCCGCUCACCCGAACCAGAUGCCCCCUCAGCCCCUUCACCCGCCCACAUUCCAGCAGACGCACUUGCCAAGGGGUCCUCAGGUCCAGAUGCCCCCGGCCUCAAUGCCCUCCCAGCCCCCCAUGCACCCCAACGCUCUGCCACCUCAGCGCCACUCUCACCCUCAGGGUGUCCCACAGACCCAUCCCCAGAUGCCCCCUCACGUUGCCCAGCAGCCCAUGCGUAUGCCCCACCAGCCUCUCCCACCCCAUACAGGCCCUAUGGGCUACCCUGGAGCGCCUUACAUGAUCCACCAACAGGGACCUCCGGCCUCCUCCCAACAAGCGCAGCCUCAGCCGUUGACUCCACAGCCCAUGGCUCCCCAGCCUCUCGCCCCCCAGCCCAUGCCUCAGCCCCCUCCUGCAUCUUUCGCUCCCUCUCAUGGUGGAAAUGUGCCACCUGGACCCGUACAGCACCCGAGUGCAGUGGGCUCUGGCCCAGCACCUCAGAACAUGAUCCCACCGAUCCCUCCGUCGACCGGCGCGGUUGGGGCCCAAGCGCCCAACGUCCUCCCCUCCCCAGCUCCGUCUCCAUCGCCCUCGCCGGGGCCCCCGUCUUUAGGCAUGAACCCGCAGCGCCCAUCCCCCGCCCUCACGCCUGUCGGGGUGACUCCGCUGCCUCAGGCUCUGUCGUCCUCCACCUCUUCCUCCUCCUCGUCUUCCUCCUCUGGCCAUGCUUCGGACCCCCUGUUCCAGCGGCAGAACUCUAGCACCGACGACCUGCUCUCCUCCAGCCCCGAGAGUCAACACGGUGGCGCUAAAGACAACGUCCUGCUGCCCACCAAAGCCGACCCCCAGGAGGACGGUCAGAGGCGCAAGAAGUCCGAGGCCGUCCGGCUCAUCGAGGGUGACCCGUACCAGGCUCCGGAGCGGAUGUUGCGACUCUGCGCCGAGCUGGAACGUUUCCGAGCCACGGUGCAAUCCCUGGAGCACCCAACUGGGGAAGGGGGUCUUUCGGAGCUGGAUGCCAGAUGGAAAGAGCUCCAAGACCAGCAGGAGAAGGACGCCAGGCAGCUCUCCAUCGCCAUCGCACGCUGCUACACCAUGAAGAACCGACACCAAGAUAUCAUGCCUUACGACCGUAACCGCGUUGUCCUGCGCUCGGGCAAGGAUGACUACAUCAACGCAAGCUUCAUCGAGGACUUGUCUCCGUACUGCCCCCGGCUCAUCGCCACCCAGGCUCCACUCACAGGAACGGCGGCCGACUUCUGGCUCAUGGUAUAUGAGCAGAAGGUGUCGCUGGUGGUCAUGCUUGUGUCUGAACAGGAACUUGAGAAGCAAAAGGUGCUGCCUUAUUUCCCCUCGGAGCGAGGUCAGCAGCUCUCUCAGGGACCAAUCACACUCACCCUUACCACCCAGAAGACCACGCCCACACACGUGGAGCGCAUGAUCAGCCUGCAGUACCGUGACCAGAGCCUCAAGCGCACAGUCAUCCACCUGCAGUUCACCUCCUGGCCUGAGCUUGGGCUGCCUGACAGCAAGAGCAACCUGAUACGCUUCAUCCAAGAGGUCCAUGGCCACUUCCUGCACCAGAGGCCUUUACACACUCCCGUUGUGGUGCACUGCAGCUCUGGCGUGGGCCGCACUGGCGCCCUCUGCCUGUUGUAUGCUGCACUGCAAGAGGUCGAGGCUGGAAAUGGCAUCCCUGACAUGAUCCUGUUGGUGAGGAAGAUGAGGCAGCAAAGGAAGAACAUGCUGCAAGAGAAGUUGCACCUGAAGUUCUGCUAUGAGGCUGUCCUGAAGCACGCAGAGCAAGUCCUUCAGCGCCACGGGGUUGCUGCUAUCCCGUGCAGCAAGACUGUCAACAACGCUGCCAUUAAGCCCUACUCCAGACAGGAGUCCCAGGACAUUGUCCUGGGCGGAGACCUGCCCAUCAGCUCCAUCCAGGCCACCAUUGCCAAGCUCAGCAUCCGGCCCCAGAGCGGCAGCGACUCGGAGCAGGAGUCCAGCCUGGAUCUGUACCCCUCUGCUCCGGCCGAUCUCUCCCUCCAGGUGGCCCCAGAGUGCCCGAACGACGCAGCGCUACACGACCCCUUCCCCAGUGAGCCUCAGCCUUCCUCCUGCAGUCCGCCUCCUUCCGUCUCCUCGUCCUCCUCCUCCCCGGCCAAAGUUCAGUCCCCUUCACCGCUGGCUAACCAAGGCAAUGGGUUCGUGGAGCCUUCCCCAGGCUCUCCUACAUCCAAUCACCAUACCGCGCCUGCCUUGGAUCCUUCGGGGACGGCUUCCCCUCCCCCUGGCCCCACCUCCUCGUCUCUGGACCUCCUGGCUUCCAUGACGGCCGAGGCCUUCACGCUAGACGCCGCGUGCCGGGGCAAGCCGCGAAUCAACAAGCAGAGCUUCCUCCAGCCCCAGGAGGGGCAGGGCUUGCAGGGGCCGCCUCAAGGCGACGACCCCCUCAGCAACCUGGAUCCUCUCUGGACCCUCAACAAGACCUGAGGAGUCGAGAGCCGCUCCCGCUCCAUCACUUCUCCCUCUGUUCCUGUUCGUCUCCAUUUCGUCUAGUCAUCCGUUUAUCACGCCAGGGGAUUCCUGGAUCUUCUCUUUUAAUCGACACCCUGACGUUGUCUGUGCCUGUGGGACCGUGUCACUGUGCGUCAGUUUAUUUAUAUCUGAGGGACAGGGGAGAGGAUCUCCACACACCCUAGCGUCCCGUCCCGCCCCCCCAAGUCCAGUUUCACCGUGUUCAGCAUUCCAGAACUGACCGUUUCCUCAGCAUGCACCUCUCUCGUGUCUCUUCACCAACGCUGCUGGACACUUACAUGGACUUGAAAUCAUUCAGUGUCUUUACACCAAAAAAAAAAAGAUGGUUGGCAUGAUUGAGGCUUUAUGGUGAAGUGCGCUUGCUAGCAGAGAGUCUGUUCUCGUACAGGAGGCCUUCUUAAGGACUGACUUGUUGGUUUCUGAAUUGGCACGUUGAUACUGGGCACGGUUCCACUGCUGCUUAUUCUGUGGCUUGUCUCUUGUCAAGAUUAUUGCACACGUUUAGUGAUAUAGCGAUCUGCUGUAUCCAUCAUAUGGUAUUAACAGUAGGGCCAAGUUGUAGCUGGAGAUUAAGACCUAGGACAUCCUAGACUGAUUGAAGUACUACUUUUACACUUACUGAAUUGGCACUUCUAGAUCAUUGCAUUCUAACGAGUUGAUUCUUUCUUGCCUUUCUUUUAACAUUGUGUAUAUAUCUAUCAAUAUCUUAAUUAAAAUCUGAAUCCUGGAAAUUGUCUUGUGCAAUUUGUUUGUCAAAAACAAAAAUGUUGUGAGACAAUUGUGUAAUACUCGCAAUAAAACCAUUCUCUUGAAAUAAUUGCAACAAACCAGGAUUAAUCAUUGAAAUUACCAGUCUUUUGAUGCCUAUGGAAAUAAAUGAAUCAUUAUUUUAAAUAUCA